AUGUCUUCAUUGAUCAAUCACUCACAUCAUCCCCACUUGUUUGAAGCUGAUUCUCCAAAGGCAAUGCAACAUUUUCAUCGUUGUAAAACUACUUCUUCACCAGCAUUGUUUCAGUCAACUGCCAGCAAUCAAGCUCAACUCAUUGAUAUUGUUGAAUCGACAAUUGACAGUAAAUUGAUUCCAGUGACAACAACAGAGAAACCUCAAGCUGUUGUGCCUUCAUGCAGUACAGCUCCUUCAUUCAGUGAAGAAUGGCGUCAUUUCAUUGAAUGUGAUCUUGUCAAUGCCACUUCUCAAUCCAUCAUUUUUGAAAAUGUGACAUUAAAAGAUUGUUUGGACAUUAUCACAGAUUUUGAAAGAUAUCCUGAAUUCUUGGAUGGUUACUUUGUAGCCAAUGUCCAUAGAAAGGAGACGAAACAAGACUAUACAGUAACUUUUAAGAGUUCAUUCAUGUUUUCCACCGUUGAAUAUACACUCCAAGUCAAAGUCAUUAGUCCAGAACACAUCCAAUUCAACUCAUCCUCAUCCAACUGUCUCAUCAAUUGUGAAUCCUCCUUCAAGAAACAUGGUGGUCAAUGGAUACUCAAAGAUUUAAAGAAUGGAAACAUUCAGGCAACUUAUUUUGUCAAUAUGGAAUAUCCAUCUCUUGCUGGCAGUUCACUAUGUCAACAACAGAGUGGAAUUCAUGUUAAGGCAGGUGUUUGUUCCAAUAUGAAGGAAUGGUUGGGUAAGAAAUAUGUACCAAGUCUAUUGGAAUCUUUCAAGAAACGAAUUGAAGAGUAUGGUAUUAGAAGAAAGACACAAUUUGGAUAUAAUAGUGAAUUGAAGAGACAUCUUUCUAAUCAAUUGUGUUUAUAA